AAUACCUGAGAACUGCGCAAGCCUCUCGAUUUGCAGCUUGCGACUCUUGACAUCGCCUUCUCCUCGCCAUACUGAGAAGCCGAACGAAAGCAGAAAUGUCUACCACUACUACCGCUACCACCAGCGCGGUUGCGCCAGUUAAACACCAGGUCGUUGAUAAGUUGCCCAAGAGGUUCAAACGGAUCAAGUUCGGCAUCCAGUCCAACCAGGAUAUUGUCAAUCAAGCUGUCAUCGAGGUGUCCGAUCGAACCCUGUACGAUGUCGACAGGGGGAGAGAGCCGACUCAGAAUGGAGUGCUCGACAAGCGCCUAGGAACUUCAAGCAAGACCGGUACCUGUUCAACAUGCGGCCUCCGGCUGGCGGACUGCACUGGCCACUUCGGCCAUAUCCGAUUGCCUCUACCCGCCUUUCAUAUUGGCUACAUCAAGUUCACUAUAACGAUCCUGCAGAACAUAUGCAAGAACUGUUCCCGAGUGCUGCUGACGGAGCCGGAACGGCGGCUUUUUCUGAAGGAAUUGAGGCGGCCUUUCAUCGACAAUAUGCGCCGCACUGCCAUCUGCAAGAAGAUCAACCAGCAGUGCCGGAAGGCAAAACACUGCCCUUACUGUGGGGCGGUCAACGGCCAGAUUCGAAAAGUCGGCGCUCUCAAACUAGUCCAUGACAAGUUCGUCGCAUACAACAAGUCAACGUCGGCGAAGAAGCAGCCACCGCCCAGCAAGGUCGAGUUCGACAACUCGUUCAGAGAGGCCAGGAAGCAUGUCAACGACCUCGACAAGCAUCUGAGGAAAGCGUUCGAGGACCUGAACCCCCUGAGGGUUUUGAAUUUGUUCAAGCAGAUCAGCCCUGCCGAUUGCGAAUUGCUCGGGCUCGACCCUUCGGAAGGCCGGCCCGAGAUGUUCUUGUGGCAGUAUCUUCCCGCCCCGCCUGUGUGCAUUCGGCCGUCGGUCGCCCAGGAGGGCGCAAGCAACGAGGACGAUCUUACAACCCGCCUCUGCGACAUAGUAUGGGCAUGCGGCUUAAUCCGUGCUGCAUUGGAAAAGGGCACGGCGCUCCAGACUAUCAUGGAGCAAUGGGAAUUUCUUCAGUUGCAAAUUGCGGUCUACGUGAAUAGCGACGUCCCUGGCCUGCGGGAUAGUGGCAUGAAAACAAUGAGGGGCGUCUGCCAGCGCCUGAAGGGCAAGCAAGGCCGAUUCCGUGGCAACUUGUCAGGGAAGCGCGUGGACUUCUCCGGCCGAACUGUCAUUUCGCCUGACCCCAACUUAUCCAUCAACCAGGUUGCUGUACCCGAGCUCGUUGCAAAGAACCUUACUUAUCCCGAGAGAGUCUACCAGGGAAACAUCGAGAAACUUAGGCAAUGCGUGCUGAAUGGCCCCAACGUGUGGCCAGGGGCACAGAAUAUCCUAAAGCAAGAUGGCGAGCACCCGGCCUUCAAGGUCUCCUUACGAUUUGCCGACAAAGAAUCUGCUGCCAGGGAUCUCCGCAUAGGGGACAUAGUUGAGCGGCACCUCGAGGAUAAUGAUAUUGUCCUCUUCAACCGCCAGCCGUCGCUUCACAAGCUUAGUAUCAUGAGCCACUACGCGAAAAUACGGCCAUGGAGGACAUUCCGUCUUAACGAAUGUGUCUGCGGUCCUUAUAAUGCCGAUUUUGAUGGGGACGAAAUGAACCUACACGUACCUCAGACAGAAGAGGCCCGUGCCGAAGCCAUGACUCUCAUGGGUGUAAAAUACAACCUGGCGACCCCCAAAAACGGAGAACCGAUCAUUGCGGCAACGCAAGACUUCAUCACGGCCGCGUACCUGCUCAGCAGUAAGGACAACUUCUUCGACCGCAAAACGUUUACCUAUAUUGUCAUGCAGAUGAUGGAUGGCGUUACUCACAUCGAUCUCCCACCUCCGGCUAUCCUCUAUCCGAAGCGACUGUGGACUGGGAAGCAGGUUUUCAACAUGCUCAUGCGGCCGAACAAGUCAUCCCCAGUCAAAAUCAACCUCGAUGCCAAGUGUAGGGAGUAUGCGGAGCCAGAACCGCCCGGGCCGGGGCAAAAGGCGAGAGCACCAGAUAUGUGCCCGAAUGACGGAUGGCUUGUCGUGAGGAACUCGGAAGUCAUGUGCGGCAGAAUGGAUAAGUCGACCGUGGGUGCCGGGAAGAAGGAAUCCAUCUUCUACGUUAUUCUGAGAGACUUCGGCCCUGACGCGGCCGUCGCGGCCAUGAACCGGCUCGCCAAGCUGUGCGCGCGAGUGUUGACCAACCGAGGCUUCUCGAUCGGCAUCGGUGACGUCUUCCCGUCCGCUGCCCUCACAGAGCAUAAACAGGCCCUCGUCGCUGCGGCGUACGAAGAGUCGGAUGUGUUCAUCGAACAAUUCAACGCCCAUAAACUACAGAAAUCAGCCGGCUGUAGCAUGGAGGAGACCUUGGAAAGCAAGAUUUCUGGGACGCUGAGCAGAGUUCGACAGGCGGCAGGAGACUUCUGUAUCAUGACGCUCAGCAAGAACAACGCCCCUUGGGUCAUGGCAUCUUCCGGAUCCAAAGGCUCAAAUAUUAACGUCGCCCAGAUGGUCGCUGUCGUUGGGCAGCAAAUCAUCGGGGGGCAGCGUGUAGCCGAUGGCUUCCAAGACCGGACCCUCCCACAUUUUCACAAGAACACUCGCCAAGCUCCCGCAAAGGGCUUCGUUAAAAAUAGCUUUUACACCGGCCUAGUUCCCACCGAAUUCUUGUUUCACGCUAUCUCUGGGAGAGAAGGUCUGGUCGAUACGGCGGUCAAGACUGCCGAGACUGGAUACAUGUCCCGCCGCCUAAUGAAAUCGCUGGAGGAUCUGUCAACCCAGUAUGACGACACGGUCAGAACCUCUGGCGGUGCUGUCGUGCAGUUCCAAUUCGGCGCCGACAAGCUAGAUCCCGUCGACAUGGAAGGCAUGGCUGUCCCCGUCAAUUUUGCACGAACAUGGUCUCAUGUCGAAAACCUGACCUGGAGCAAUUCCGACAGAGCCUUGUUGCCCUUUGAGAUUAUGGAACUUUGCAGGUCCAUUCUCGACGAGGAACGUAAGCGCUACCAAAGGCGCGGUUUGUUGCGAGGGGAGCCCUUGGACUACACGGAUGAGAGCGACUACGCCGUUGACGAACACGAGAGCGCCCGAGAAUUUCUCAAGAGCAUACAAACCCACAUUGAAAAGCUGGCCGUGAAGCUGUCCAGGUUUCGGGCUUCCGCAGGAUUGGACGGGAUGCUUACCAGACCCGACGGCUAUUCUCUAACCGCCAUCCAGCAGCAAGAAAAAGGGAUAGUCUCGAGACGUGCAUCCGAGAGGGUCGCCAAAGUCUCGGAGCGUACGCUCGUAAAAUUCAUCGAAUUGUGUCUAGAGAAAUACUCGAAAGCACGCGUGGAGCCGGGGCACGCAGUCGGAGCCGUCGGGGCACAGUCGAUCGGCGAGCCGGGGACGCAGAUGACUCUGAAGACCUUCCACUUUGCCGGUGUCGCCGGGAUGAGCAUCACGCAGGGUGUGCCGCGUAUCAAAGAAAUCAUAAACGCCUCGAAGUUGAUCAGUACGCCGGUUAUCACUUGUCCGCUCGAGAACAGCCAGCAGAUCGAGGCAGCUCAUCUUGUCAGAGCUAGAAUCGAGAAGACCUACGUUGAAGAUGUGCUUCGAUAUCUCGAUGACGAAUGGGAGCCGUAUAGAGCUUUUAUUACCCUUCACAUCAAUACCGAGACUCUGGAAGGGAUGCAUCUCGGUAUCGGCAUCCACGACAUCGCAGAUGCUAUCGCUAAGCAGAAGAAGCUAAAGAUACAGAGAACCGACAUGCACGUCUUUGAGCAAGACGCAUCCAUUGAGAUCACGGUCAGACCUCCGGGCCCGGACUCGGCAGUCAAGCGGAUGCCGAGAAGCAAGACGGCCGUUGCAGAAGCUAUGGCGGACUUGCUCCUUCGAGUCAAUUACCUGAAACGAGUAUUGCCGUCGGUGCCGAUCUCUGGGUAUCCGGACGCUACUCGCGCGAUCAUUCAAGAGUCAGACAAGGCAAGCCAACCUCGUUUCACAGUGAUGGUGGAGGGUUAUGGGCUACGACACUGCAUGAAUACCGAAGGGGUUAUCGGCACCAAAGUGCGUACAAACAGUGUAUUAGAAUGCCGCGACGUCCUCGGCAUCGAAGCGGCAAGAACCACCAUCGCCAAAGAGAUUUCGUUGGUGAUGAAAGGCAUGGAUAUCGACCCGCGACACAUGCAGCUGUUGGCCGAUGUCAUGACAUACAAGGGCGAAAUCCUCGGCAUCACCCGCUUCGGUCUGUCCAAGAUGCGGGAUAGCGUGUUACAGCUAGCGUCGUUCGAGAAGACGGCGGACCACCUGUUUGACGCAGCGGCCGGAAUGAAGGCCGAUCCUAUCGAGGGCGUCAGCGAGAAGAUCAUCAUGGGCCAGACGAUGCUGGUCGGCACGGGCGCCUUCCAAAUGGUUCGCGCGCUGGACCUCGCCGACGAGGAUCUCGCCAGUCUGCCAACCGCUUUCGAGGAUGCGUGGGCGGAGGAGGAGGAUGCAUAUCGUAGGGCGACGAAGCGGUCCAGACCGAUGGCGGACGUUUAAAAGCUGUGUUCCCCGGGCACGUUCGCAGGGAGAGGAUCCAAAGGAGGGCUUCGUCCAAGUGCAGAAUCAGUCGGUUGUAGAAGAGCAUAGUGUUGGCAUUGCGUGUGAGUUUU